AAUUUGAAAUGUUUGAAUUGAAAAUCGGUUGCUUCUUGCUUGUAAAACUGUUACUCUACAGUUACAUUAUUUUUAUAAAAUAAAAAAUAGGGACGAGUGUGAAAAUCUCGCAGCGUUAAUUGCUUAUUCAAUAUUUUUACCUUGAAAAGUAAUAAAAGUGUCUUGGAACAGCAGUCUCGAAUGCACGCGUUUGCUUUAUAAGUGGUUUCCGUUGUAAACGUGUCUGCAAAAUUAAACAAAAUUCCGCCAUACACGAUGGACGACUUCCUCAAAAUAGAAAAAAUUGGGGAAGGAACUUAUGGAGUGGUGUACAAAGGUAAAAACAAAAUAACUGGACAGUUUGUUGCUAUGAAGAAGAUUAGGUUGGAUUCUGAAGACGAAGGGAUUCCAUCAACGGCUAUACGAGAGAUCUCUUUGCUGAAAGAAUUAGAACAUCCAAAUAUUGUGAAGCUAGAAGAUGUCCUGAUGGAAGAAGCCCGUCUUUACCUAAUCUUUGAGUUCCUUUCUAUGGAUUUGAAAAAACAUAUGGAUUCACUUGGUUCAGGCAAAUUCAUGGACCCUUAUACAGUAAAGAGCUAUCUGUAUCAAAUAAAUAGUGCAAUCCUGUACUGCCACCAGCGUCGCAUUUUACACCGUGAUUUGAAACCACAGAACUUACUUAUUGAUAAGACUGGAAUUAUUAAGGUGGCAGAUUUUGGACUUGGUCGUGCUUUUGGUGUUCCAGUGAGAGUGUAUACUCAUGAAGUGGUCACACUUUGGUACAGAGCCCCAGAAGUUCUGCUGGGAAGCCAACGGUACUCUUGUCCGGUAGACAUAUGGUCAAUUGGGUGCAUUUUCGCCGAGAUGUCGUCCAAGAAGCCACUUUUCCAAGGAGAUUCCGAAAUUGAUCAACUGUUUCGCAUAUUCAGAAUGCUGAGAACGCCCACAGAAGAGAUCUGGCCCGGUGUAUCCUCUUUGCCAGACUACAAGCCCACUUUCCCUAAUUGGACAACUUUUAAUUUGCACAAUCAUGUACAAAACCUGGAUGAGAGGGGCAUGGACUUGCUCCAAAAGAUGCUAGUAUAUGACCCAAUGCGCCGCAUCAUCGCCAAGGACAUUCCACAACACCCCUACUUCAGCGAUCUCAAACCGACAGGCCCUCAUGCUUCGCGCGCCGCGCAAUGACUGCGAUGUGGAGACAAAACCCUGUCUCACCUCACACAGUGCCCGUUUAAACAAAUCGCGAGUGAUAAUAUCCCAGGAGUGCAGUGUUUGCAGUGUGUAUGAGUUAUAAAGACGCCCACAGGCUACAGAUAAAAGAAUCGCCCAAUAGUUUUGUUUGAUCGGAUUGUAAACGCACACUAAGCUGUUGUUAAUAGAAAAGUAAUCGGAGAUGGGCCAAAUGGUUUUCUAAUUUGGCUCAUACUAAAUAAUAGUCUGCAGAAUAAAUGUGUAUUCUGUGCUGGUCCAGGGUACAGGAACUGUAACUGAAUAUUUUAAAACUGUGUAUUUUUUUCAUAAAACUAUUUAUUUCUUAUUCUUGGAAAAUGAGCUUUGUAUACAAAUUGAAUGUUUAAUGUAUCGCCUACUGGCUAUCAAUUGACACAAACACUAGAUGUAUUGUUUUAUAAUAUGCUCAACUUCCAUGAUAAUUUUCCAUUUUAGUUAGGAGAUUUCAGUGUGUGAAAAAGUUGAAUAGCAAAAGCACAUUCAGUUGUCAUUAUGCUGGAAUGUACCUUUAAAGAAUUAAAUUAUUAGACAUUUCAUCCUCCAAAUCCAACUCUGAAUUGUUGCAUUUAUGCACUCACUGAGGUCUAUUUAACAAACUCAACUAUUGGCCGACCAAAAGUCUGUAGUCUAAAAGGGUCUAAAGCGGCAAGACGGUUUUUGCGAAUAUGGUUUGUAUUUAAUGAAUGUGUGAAAGGAAAGUGAACUCACAUUUGCAGAAGUAUAGUGAACGUAAAGGUUAGUUUGCAACAGUAUUCUAUCUGUAUGCUGUUAUUUUCAUACUCGAAACAAUAACAUAUACUUCCAAAUUAUAAUUAUUGUGACUCUGAUUUAAUACUUAAUUUUUGACGUCCUUUUUUAAAACAUAUACCACAAUCGCCAGAAAAGUUAGUGCUAGUAUGGAAGUUGAAAUAAUGACCCUUGAAUGCAUUUGGUAGAUGUCAUGUAGAAAAUGUAGAUAAAAUGGUACCCAAAUAAUUAAAUACCUAGUAUUUAAGACUGAUUUUUUAAUAGGGUCAGUAGGAUAUAAUAAAAUUAAACACACCCAACUGCCAGAAAUGUGUGAUAAGUUGUCGUGUAGUAAAAUGUGUUAUUCUAUAAGAUAAUUUUAACUAUAUUGUAGGGUCUGGCGAUCAUAGGAUUGUGGUAAUUGGUGAAUUUUGUUGUUAUGUUUUAUACAAGUACAUAAUUAAGUAACUUGACUCCAACCAUAUAGGGUUUGUAUCAAUGGUGCUCUAAUUUUACAUGUAAAAACUAAAUACUGCCAAUACAAAGAAAAUGUAAUUUAUGUACAUUAGGAAAGGUAGAGGAUAUAAAAUACUUCCAUAUUUUACUAAAUAAAAAAAAGUUUUUUUU